GUCUGUGAUACGAUCAGCCGAAAGGAGGGGGGUGAACGAGGGGGGGAGGAAAAAGCGAGCUGCUUCAGUCGCUCUUUGUUUCUGGCUAGCUGUAUAAAGCGAGGGGGAGAAACCGGCUAAGGCGCGAACUAUCGUCGGUCAGCGGUUUGCCGAUUUGUCGCCAAGCAGGAUCGGCAGAGAUGUCCACCCCAGAUCCCCCCAUGGGAGGGACACCCCGUCCUGGCCCCUCUCCAGGUCCGGGACCGUCUCCGGGGGCCAUGCUUGGUCCCAGUCCAGGGCCUUCUCCUGGUUCUGCACAUAGCAUGAUGGGACCCAGCCCAGGACCCCCAUCCUCAGGCCAUCCUCUCCCACCCCAGGGCCCUUCAGGAUACCCCCAGGAUGGCAUGCACCCAAUGCAUAAACCAAUGGAAGGCAUGCUUGAAAAAGGCAUAACCGAUGACCCUCGCUACGGGCAGAUGAAGGGCAUGGGCAUGCGACCAGGGGGCCAUAGUGGUAUGGGACCCCCACCUAGCCCCAUGGACCAACACUCCCAGGGUUACUCAUCUCCUUUAGGGGGUUCUGAGCACGCACCAAGCCCUGUCCCAGCCAACGGCCCUCCUUCUGGCCCAAUGAUGUCGUCUGGCCCAGGUGGAGUCCCUCAUGAUGGCGGGGACCCCCAGGCAAUAGCCCAGCAGAACCGUGGUGGGGUUCAGGCAGGUGCCGGUGGUGGUGCUGGAGCCCCAGGUGCAGCCGGAGGUGCCGGUGGAGCUGGUGGGCCCACACCUUUCAAUCAGAACCAACUGCACCAGCUUCGGGCCCAGAUUAUGGCCUACAAGAUGCUGGCACGUGGCCAGCCACUGUCAGACCACUUACAGAUGGCAGUGCAGGGCAAGCGGCCUAUGCCUGGAAUGCAGCAGCCACCCAUGGCCAAUAUGCCCCCAGCUACGGGCCCUGGAACUGGUCCUGGGUCAGGCCCUGGACCGGCACCUUCCAACUACAACAGGCCGCAUGCAGGAAUGGUGGGGCCUAACAUGCCACCUCCAGGACCGUCCGGCGUUCCUCCAGGAAUGCAGGGACAGCCCCCCAAUGGACCUCCCAAAACAUGGCCAGAAGGACCGAUUGUGAACGCAGCCACCCCCUCCAGCACCCCCCAGAAGCUUAUUCCUCCACAGCCUACAGGUCGUCCUUCCCCUGCUCCUCCUUCCAUGCCUCCAGCUGCUUCUCCAGUGAUGCCGCCCCAGACUCAGUCGCCUGGGCAGCCCUCUCAGCCCACCCCCAUGGUGCUGCACCAGAAACAGAACCGCAUAACACCCAUCCAAAAGCCCCGUGGGCUGGACCCAGUGGAGAUCCUACAGGAACGGGAGUACAGGCUGCAGGCACGCAUUGCACACCGUAUCCAGGAGCUGGAGAAUCUGCCUGGUUCUCUGGCCGGUGACCUCCGGACCAAGGCUAACAUUGAGCUUAAGGCACUCAGGUUACUCAACUUCCAAAGACAGCUGCGUCAGGAAGUUGUGGUGUGUAUGCGGCGAGACACAGCUCUGGAAACGGCCCUCAAUGCCAAGGCCUACAAACGUAGCAAGCGGCAGUCCCUACGAGAGGCUCGCAUCACCGAGAAGCUUGAGAAGCAGCAGAAGAUCGAGCAGGAGCGCAAGAGGCGUCAGAAACAUCAGGAAUACCUUAACAGCAUCCUCCAGCAUGCCAAGGACUUCAAGGAGUACCACCGCUCCAUCACAGGAAAGAUCCAGAAGCUGACCAAGGCUGUGGCCACCUACCAUGCCAACACUGAGCGCGAGCAGAAGAAGGAGAAUGAGCGCAUCGAGAAGGAGCGAAUGCGGAGGCUGAUGGCUGAGGAUGAAGAGGGCUACAGGAAGCUGAUUGACCAGAAGAAGGACAAGCGUUUGGCCUACCUGCUGCAGCAGACAGACGAGUAUGUGGCCAACCUGACGGAGCUGGUGCGUGCCCACAAGGCUGCCCAGGCACUCAAGGAAAAGAAGAAAAAGAAGAAAAAGAAGAAGAAUCAGGAGAAUGUAGAGGGACAGACUGCUGCUGCUCUUGGGCCAGAUGGAGAGCCCCUGGAUGAGACUAGCCAGAUGAGUGACCUUCCUGUCAAGGUCAUCCAUGUGGACAGCGGCAAAAUCCUGACUGGGGUGGAUGCCCCCAAGGCUGGCCAGCUAGAAGCCUGGCUGGAGAUGAAUCCGGGAUAUGAAGUGGCCCCCAGGUCUGACAGUGAAGAUAGCGGCUCAGAGGAGGAAGAGGAAGAGGAAGACGAGCAGCCUCAGCAUUCCCAGACUGUGGACGAGAAGAAGAAGAUCCCUGAUCCGGACAGCGAGGAUGUUUCAGAGGUGGACGCCCGGCACAUCAUCGAGCACGCCAAGCAGGACGUGGACGAUGAGUACAGUGGUGCUGCCUUCGCACGUGGUCUCCAGUCUUACUACGCUGUGGCCCAUGCAGUCACGGAGAAGGUUGAGCGCCAGUCCUCCCUUCUGGUGAACGGGCAGCUCAAACAGUACCAGAUCAAGGGUCUGGAGUGGCUGGUAUCGCUGUACAACAACAACCUGAAUGGGAUCCUGGCGGAUGAGAUGGGGCUAGGCAAGACCAUCCAGACCAUUGCACUCAUCACCUACCUCAUGGAGUACAAGCGCAUCAACGGGCCUUUUCUCAUCAUUGUGCCCCUCUCGACCCUCUCUAACUGGGUGUACGAGUUCGACAAGUGGGCUCCGUCGGUGGUUAAAGUGUCUUAUAAGGGCUCUCCGGCUGCCAGACGGUCUUUCGUGCCUCAGCUACGUAGUGGCAAGUUUAAUGUGCUGCUCACCACCUAUGAGUACAUAAUCAAGGACAAGCAUGUGUUGGCCAAGAUCCGCUGGAAGUACAUGAUUGUGGAUGAGGGCCACCGCAUGAAGAACCAUCACUGCAAGCUGACGCAGGUGUUAAACACGCACUACCUUGCGCCCCGGCGCCUCCUGCUCACUGGCACACCGCUACAGAACAAGCUGCCUGAGCUGUGGGCCCUGCUCAACUUCCUGCUGCCCACCAUUUUCAAAAGCUGCAGUACCUUUGAGCAGUGGUUCAACGCCCCCUUCGCCAUGACUGGAGAAAAGGUGGAUUUGAACGAGGAGGAAACCAUUCUGAUCAUUCGCCGUCUGCACAAAGUGCUCAGGCCCUUCCUGCUCCGCCGACUAAAGAAGGAAGUGGAGGCACAGCUGCCGGAGAAGGUGGAGUACGUGAUCAAGUGCGACAUGUCCGCCCUACAAAGAGUGCUCUACAGGCACAUGCAGGCUAAGGGCGUGCUGCUUACUGACGGCUCUGAGAAGGACAAGAAGGGCAAAGGUGGAACCAAGACACUUAUGAACACUAUCAUGCAGCUAAGGAAGAUCUGUAACCACCCAUACAUGUUCCAGCACAUUGAGGAGUCCUUUUCUGAGCACUUAGGAUUUAGCGGAGGGAUUGUCCAAGGGCCGGACCUGUACCGUGCCUCAGGCAAGUUUGAGCUCCUCGACCGUAUCCUGCCCAAGCUGCGUGCCACUGGCCACAAAGUGCUGCUCUUCUGCCAGAUGACCUCCCUCAUGACUAUCAUGGAAGACUACUUUGCCUACCGCAACUUCAAGUACCUGCGACUGGACGGCACCACUAAGGCUGAGGACCGUGGCAUGCUGUUGAAGACCUUCAACGACCCCGCCUCACAAUACUUUAUCUUUCUCCUGAGCACCAGGGCUGGGGGUUUGGGCUUGAACUUGCAGUCGGCAGACACUGUGAUCAUAUUUGACAGUGACUGGAACCCCCAUCAGGACCUGCAGGCUCAGGACCGCGCCCACCGUAUUGGGCAGCAGAACGAGGUGCGAGUGCUGCGCCUCUGUACUGUCAACAGUGUCGAGGAGAAGAUCCUGGCUGCUGCCAAAUACAAGCUCAACGUGGACCAGAAGGUCAUCCAGGCUGGCAUGUUCGACCAGAAGUCCUCCAGUCACGAGCGCCGAGCCUUCCUGCAGGCCAUCCUGGAGCACGAGGAGCAGGAUGAGGAGGAAGAUGAGGUGCCCGAUGACGAAACGGUUAACCAAAUGAUUGCCAGGAGUGAGGAGGAGUUUGACCACUUCAUGCGCAUGGACCUGGACCGGCGCAGGGAGGAGGCACGGAACCCCAAACGGAAGCCACGUCUCAUGGAGGAGGAUGAGCUACCCACCUGGAUCAUGAAGGAUGAUGCAGAGGUGGAGCGCCUCACCUGUGAGGAGGAGGAGGAGAAGAUGUUUGGCCGUGGCUCCCGUCAGCGCAAGGAGGUUGACUAUAGUGACUCGCUAACUGAGAAGCAGUGGCUCAAGGCGAUAGAGGAGGGAACGCUGGAGGAGAUUGAGGAGGAGGUCCGGCACAAGAAAACCACCCGGAAGCGAAAGCGAGACCGUGACAUGGACCUGCCGGGCCCGGCCACACCCGGCGCUAGUGGCUCACGCAGCCGGGACAAGGACGAGGAUAGUAAGAAGGCCAAGAAGCGUGGGCGGCCACCUGCCGAGAAGCUGUCACCCAACCCCCCUACACUGACAAAAAAGAUGAAGAAGAUAGUGGACGCAGUCAUCAAGUAUAAGGACAGCAGCAAUGGGAGGCAGCUGAGCGAGGUCUUCAUCCAGCUACCCUCCAGAAAGGAGCUGCCUGAGUACUACGAACUCAUCCGCAAGCCUGUCGAUUUCCGCAAGAUCAAGGAGAGGAUUCGCAUUCACAAGUACCGCAGCCUGAACGAUCUGGAGAAAGAUGUGAUGCUGCUCUGUCAGAAUGCACAGACCUUUAACCUGGAGGGCUCCCUGAUCUAUGAAGACUCGAUUGUUCUGCAGUCCGUCUUCACCAGUGUGCGGCAGAAGAUCGAAAAGGAGGAUGACACAGAGGGCGAUGACAGUGAGGAAGAGGAGGAGGAAGUUGAUGAAGGGUCUGAGUCUGAGUCACGCUCAGUGAAGGUGAAGAUCAAGCUGAGUCGAAAGGAGAAGGGUCUGGAGAGGGGCAAGGGCCGGCGGAGGAUGGGCCGUGGUUCGAGGGCCAAGCCUGUGGUGAGCGAUGAUGACAGUGAGGAAGAGCAGGAGGAGGAGCGUUCAGGAGGCAGCGGCAGUGAGGAAGACUGAGCCGUACCCAAAAGGACCAGUUCCCCAACGGCAUCCCUCUUCCACAACAUAUAUUUUAUGUAGAAGAAUCAACGACGGGGUCCUUAUGAGGGCAUGGGGAGAGUAGUCAUACAUAGACGUGAUUUUAGGAUGAAAUGUUAUCAAAUGAACUUAAUGAAAAAAUUUAAAACCUCAAAUCCAACUUCCAUAUUUAAACAACUCCAUUAUACUGUGUAGGACUGUUUGUCUAUCCUGGUUUUUUUUUUUUUUUUUUUCCCCUCCCUUGUGAUGUGACGAAGAUUGAAAGACUUUUUGCCAGAUGACUCGUGGACCACAUGGAGUUUUUACUUGACUUUUUUCCUUGAAUUUGUUUUGCUGGAGGUUUUUUUUUUUUUUUUUUUUUUUUUUUUCUUUCUCUUUCUUUUUCAAUGACGGCGAUGUGAGUCCCGAAGACGUGAAUGCAUGUGUGUGUCUGUAGAAGUGCACUCAGAUGUACUAUUCUGUCCUCUGUCUGUUUAAUUUAAGGAAACAAACUGGGUCACAGUACAGUCUCUUUCUCACCCAACAACCCCAGUCAAGAGGUGGGGGAUGUGUGUGGCUGUGAGAUUGGACUCUGUUUCGUGUCGGUGUCACUGGAUUUCAAAACUACAAUAAAGACAUCUUACA